AUGCCCGCCGUCACCCGUGCCGUCCUGCGGCAAUCGCAGUUCCUGACCCGGAGAACCGCCGUCAGACACGCCUCUUCCACCUCGGAGGCUGCCACUAAGGCUGGUGAGGCUGCUUCCUCAGCUGCCUCCAAGGCCUCUGCGGGUCUGUCCAAGGUCUCUGCCUCCGCUGGCCCUGCCCUCGCGAAUGCCGCUGGUGCCCUGCGCAAGAUCGGUGGACCCGCCGGCAAGGUCAUCUCUUUCGUCGAUUCCAUGAUCCCUCCUACCAUCUACUACUCCAAGGUCGGAAUUGAGCUCGGCAGACUGGUGUUCCGUGGCCAGAACAUGGCUCCUCCCAACCUGGCCACCUUCCAGUCCUACUUCCAGCCUUUCAUCACCAACCCUGCCGCCCUCAAGACCCUCCCCUCCCCCUCGUCUAUCCUCGCCUCUAUCCGCAACGCCAGCCCCAAGCAGCUCGCCCUCGCCGGUGUCACUGCCGCUGAGGUCAUUGGCUUCUUCACUGUUGGCGAGAUGAUCGGUCGGAUGAACAUUAUUGGUUACCGUGGCGAGCCUGCGCACGCGCACUAA